AGUUACCCUAAAUUCGAGGGGAAAUUGUACCCACGUUCUUCCAAUUUCGUACACCGAAGCUCUGCAAUGAUGUCCGACUCCAAAAAUAUCAAGCGAGUAAAAAACGCGGAAUUAAAGAAGACAACCAAAAUUCAUCCCAGCAGGCGAAUUUAAUUCCGUUGUGGUUUUCUCUCUCUGUACGUGCUUUUACUUUCUCUCUCUAGACCUCCCUUUUUUUUUUCUUCUUUUUUCACCUUCCCUCUUUCCGGUCCCACUUGAUCGACGAAUGCAGGUUUCCCGCUUGUAGAUGCUAAGGUCGCUGAAUAUAUUUUGAAGAAAAGGGACUCUACAGAUAUGAGACUUUGAUUACAAUAAUGGAUGGAAACACAAGAUUUGAGCUGAUGUCAGCCAGUCCCGAUUCAAAUUUCGUAGGGAACUACCAAAAUGGGCAGAGGGGGUACUCUGCCCCCACUUUGGGCAGAUCUUCAAGUUUCCGUGAGGGUUCAGAAAGUAGAAAUAUGGGUUCCGGUAAGUUAAAUUCUCGGGGUAGUGCUACCUCUUCGGGAGAUAUGCCUGCAUUAUCUCAAUGCCUGACUUUGGAGCAAUUUCCUACGGGUGACCUAAAAAAUGCACGGGCCGUUGACUUAAAGAGGGUUCUGGGUUUUUCUGUUGGGAGCAAUUCAGAAGAAAACUCCUUUGGCAUCGGUCAUCUGAAGAGUUCACCUCCAGCAGCUGUUGAGGAACUAAAACGAUUGAGAGCAAAUGUUGCUGAUACAUGCAUUAAAGCCAGCGGUAGAGCGAAGAAGUUGGAUGAGCAUUUAAAUAAGUUGAACAGAUUGUUUGAGGUCAUUCCCUCUAAGAAGCAGCAGCAGCGGAAUGAGAUCAUGACAAAUGAAAGAUCUAGUGGUUCAAACUUGAAGACUGGAUCGCAGAUACACCGAAACUCUUCAGAUCUAGGAAAUCAGAAAUUUGACGAUCGACCUAAGAAUGUUGUUCUUAAUAAGCGUUUACGUACAUCAAUGGCAGAAACUCGGACCGAAUGCAGAAAUAUUGGAGUUCCCCGACAGCCUCUGAUGGGUACAAAAGAAAGAGACAUGCUUAAAGAUAUUAACGCAGAUUCUGAUAUGGUUGAGGAAGAAAUACGGAGGUUACCUGCUGGUGGAGAAGGCUGGGACAAGAAAAUGAAAAGGAAACGCUCUGUCGGUCCUGUUUUUCCAAGAUCUGUUGAUAAUGAUGGGGAUCUUAAAAGAAAUAUGCAUCAUAAGCUUACAAUUGAAUCGAGUUUGCAUUCCAUUGAUUCCGCCCAUGGUUUUAGGUCAGGAGCUUCUGGUGGCGCUAACAAAUUAGAUCCUAUUCCAUCUCCUGCUGGUUCAACUGCUCGCAUGACCUUCAAAAAUGAACAAGAAAAAUCUAUGCAUUCAAGAGAUCUUUCUGCAGGACCAGUUAAAGAGCGACCAUUAGGAAAAGUAAAUGUUAAGUUGAAUAGUCGUGAGGAUAACCUUGCCACGUGUUCAAAUCCCAUAGUAAAAGUGAAGCCCUCGCGGGCACCUCGAAGUGGCUCAACAGCUGCAGCUAAUUCAGCUGCUAAUGCUGCUCGCUUGUCUGGAACUUUGGAGAGCUGGGAACAGCCCCAACCUGUAAAUAAAACAACCCCUUCAAUUGGUGUUGGUGGUGCUAACAACCGUAAACGUGCCCUGCCUGCAGGAUCAUCCUCUCCGCCAAUAACUCAAUGGGUUGGUCAAAGGCCACAAAAGAUCUCACGGACUAGGAGGACAAAUCUUAUUCCUGUAUCGAACCAUGAUGAAGUCCAGAUUCAAUCUGAAGGAAGUUCCCCUUCGGAUUUUGGUCCUCGGGUAAACAUUGGUGGAAUCAAUGCUUCUCUUCUGUCUAAGAGUGCAGCUAAUGGAAACCCAAAUUUUAAAGUAAAACCUGAAAAUUAUCCAUCUCCUGCAAGAUUGUCUGAAAGUGAAGAAUCUGGUGCCGGUGAAAACAGAAUAAAUGAUAAAGGUUUGGGGAGCAGAGAUCUUGAAGAAAAGUUUGUAAAUGCUGGUCAGAGUGCUGGGCCAUCUGUAAUUCCUAGAAAAAAGAAUAAAAUUAUGGUCAAAGAAGACAUCGGUGAUGGUGUGAGAAGACAAGGUCGCAGUGGAAGGGUAUCGCCGUUUUCUAGGGGUAGUAUUUCACCGACAAGAGAGAAAUUGGAUAAUGUGGUGCCGACCAAGCCUCUUCAAAAUGUAAGGUCUGGAUCGGACAAGAGUGGAAGCAAGUCCGGUCGCCCUUCAAAGAAGCUAUCAGACCGUAAAGGCGUUUCCCGUCUAGGCCACUUGGCGAAUGGGGGUUCUCCUGAUUGUAGUGGGGAAUCGGAUGAUGACCGUGAAGAGCUCUUGACAGCUGCUAAUCUUGCUUGCAGUUCCAGCUUUAGUUCAUGUUCGAGCGCACUCUGGAAGACAGUUGAGGAUUUGUUUACUUCUGUUGGCCCAGAUGACAAGUUAUACUUGUCAGAACAGCUGAAAUUGUCUGAAGAAAGAUCUGCAAGUUUGUCUCAGAACUGUAACAAGGGCAAUCUUAUCCAAGAGAAAAUGGAUGAUUAUGGCCAUGAGGAAAUAGCAGCUCCUGAACCUAUCUCUUGCCUGAAGGAUUCGUUAAAUAGAAUGGAUUUCGCCGAGCAAUUUCAGAGUUGCUCGGAUGCCGAAAAAAGAUUUGAAAUAAUAACUCCACUUUAUCAAAGGGUACUAUCAGCUCUCAUUGUGGAAGAUGAAAUUGAAGAAUACGAAGACACCGAAUAUGAGAGACCAAAGAGUUCACUUAAUGAUUCAUGCUUCCCUUAUGGUACUGAAAAUAAAUUUAUGGACAGACUGGACUAUUGUGAGCCCAUAUUUGGUGUUCAAACUCGAAAAAAUGGCAAUGCACAUAAAGUUUUCCCUUGUUAUGGAAAUAAAGACACCGAAAGGAGCACUGGCGCCCAGGAUCGUAUUUGUAACGGUGAGCUGCUGCAAAUAGAUGGUGGAUAUGGGCAUCCAGAUGUUGACAUGUUGGUUAGACUUUCAAGAUAUGAUAAUGGUCCACAAAGUCUGCAGGCAAAUAAUAGUGGCAUUCAAUAUGAGCAGAUGUGUCUUGAAGAAAAGCUUGUAGCAGAAUUGCAGAGUGUUGGCCUGUUCUUGGAAGCCGUGCCUGCACUGGACGAUAAAGAAGAUGACUCGGUUGACCAGGAAAUUAUUCGGCUAAAGAGGCGAUUUUUCGAGAAGAAUGGGAAAAACAAGACAUCCCUGCAUACAUUAUACAAGGCUGUUGAAGAAGGAAACAAUAUCAGAAGGGAUCCUGAACGGGUUGCGAUGGACAAACUUGUUGAGCUGGCAUACAAGAAACUUUUGGCAACUAAGGGAAGCUUCGCUUCGAAGCACGGGAUUUCUAAGGUGUCGAAACAAACUGCUUUGUCUUUUGGCAAGAGGACACUUUCGAGAUGGCGAAAAUUUCAAGAUUCAGGAGCAAGUCGUUUUUCAGAGCCUCCACUGCGCGAGAUUGUUUAUUCAGCACCUCCUCGUUUUGCCGAAACGGAGUUGCUUUCUUCUGCAAACCUGCCAAUCGCCAACAAUGGGGCUUUAAAUCGCCAAUAUGAUCAGGCUAAAAACGGGACUAUAGUAACAAACAGAGGAAAGAAAAAGGAAGUACUGCUCGAUGAAGUUGGUGGUGGCGGUGCUGUAUUUAGAGCCUCGUCCGCUCUAGGCAUUAUGGGCGGUGGCGGUGCAAAGGGGAAGAGAAGUGAACGAGACAGCAAAAAUGCUAUAUCCAAGACCGGAAAACUGGCUGUAGGUGGUGGGUCCAAGGGAGAGCGUAAAACGAAAACGAAGCCGAAACAGAGAACAGCCCAGCUUUCCACUUCAGGAAAUAAUGCCUUUGUCAACAAAUUCGUAGAUACACCAAAUUCCAUGCUGUAUCCCUCUGCUAGUGGCUCUGGUGAAUCGGGAAAUAAUAGUGGCGAUAGGAGAAAAGAUGUUAGAUUUAUGUCUUCUUCCAAUAAUGCCCCUUCAGUUUCAUCUUCGAAAGAUGUAAUGAUUAAAGAACCUAUUGAUUUUGGUAAGCUGCCACUUAAUGACUUGGAUGGUAUAGAAGAACUCGGUGUGGAUUCUGAAAUCGGUGCGCCGCAAGAUUUGAAUACCUGGUUCAAUUUUGAUGUUGACGGUUUGCAAGAAGAUGACUGCAUUGGUCUUGAGAUACCUAACGAUGACCUCAUGGAUUUAAAUAUGUUUUGAUUCGCUGAGUCGCGCCCGUUGUUGUACUGUACAGCUCGUGGAAUCGAAUGCUGCUCCGACUGGUUGGAGAAUGAGAGUUUUUUUUCUUUCUUUUUUUAAUUUUAUUUUUUUUGUAUUUGUUUUUUCGAUCAGUUAAGUCUUGGCCUAAUGGCGGGUGUAAUUAUGCAAUUUUUUUGUUUUCUUUUAUAUUUCAUAAUCUUUGGGAAGUUGUUAAGCUAUUCCUCAUAGUUCAUUCAUUCUACACAAUGUUUCUAGUGCUCAAAAGUAUUCAAUA